AUGCUUUUAUUUCGAAAUUUCUAUUCACAUAAAGCCACGCGUGCUAUUUCACGUCGAUAUAUCUCACUGACUUCAGAUCUACGAACGGUACUAAAUGAUCUACCGGACAGUGGUGUGGUUGUUAUUGGUGGUGGUCACGCUGGCUGUGAGGCGUCUGCAGGUGCAGCUAGGAGUGGUGCACCUACUGUGUUAGUGACGCCAGCUGUCGAUAAGAUCGGUACAUGUUCAUGUAAUCCUUCAAUGGGUGGUGUUGGUAAGGGAACAUUGCUACGAGAAGUAGAUGCGUUGGAUGGGCUAGCUGCUCGAGUGACCGACUUGGCUGGUAUACAAUUUAAAAUGCUUAAUAGAAGCCGUGGACCUGCCGUAUGGGGGCCCCGUGCUCAAAUCGACCGUAAAAUCUAUAUGCGGGAAAUGCAAGGAAUGUUAAAGAACUACCAAAAUUUACAAAUUCGGCAGGGUAAGGUGUCUGAUUUGAUCAUAGAUAAAGAUGGAAGGAGUCCUGCAGCAGGGACUCCUAAUGGUAUCGUAAGGGGUGUCAUCUUAGAUAAUGGUGAUAUUAUAAAAUCUUCGAAGGUAGUCAUUACUACCGGUACCUUCCUUGGAGGAGAAAUCCAUAUUGGCAUGAAGAGUUUCCCGGCAGGUAGGAUAGGAGAGAAUCCUACUUAUGGUAUUUCUGAUACACUGAGAGAACUUGGAUUUCAGUUGGGAAGGUUAAAAACUGGGACUCCUGCACGUUUAGAUGGUAAGACUAUCAAUUUUAUCUCGUUGAAAAAGGAGUAUGGGGAUGAUCCUCCCCACCCCAUGAGCUAUACUAAUAACGAGGUAGCUAUUAAAGACCAACGUUUGUGCUAUGGAACAAAUACUACAGCUGAAUUACAUGAGUACAUCAAGAAUAACCUGCAUCAAACACUACAUAUAAGGGAAACUAUAAAAGGCCCUAGAUAUUGCCCAUCUAUAGAAGCGAAGGUUCUAAGGUUCCCAGAUAAAACCUCGCAUAUGAUCUGGCUAGAACCAGAGGGAUUGGAUACAGAUGUUAUUUAUCCUAACGGAAUUUCCAACUCUAUGCCAGAGGAUGUCCAAGAAGUUAUGAUGAGAAUGGUUCCCGGGCUUGAAAACGUCAAAAUAGUACAGCCAGCAUAUGGUGUGGAAUAUGACUAUAUAGAUCCCAGGGAACUAAAGCAGACCCUGGAGACGAAAAGAAUCGAUGGUCUUUUUAUGGCUGGUCAAAUAAAUGGCACGACAGGAUACGAAGAAGCAUGCGCCCAGGGUAUUAUAGCAGGUAUCAACGCAGGAUUAGCAUUUCAAAAUAAACCAGAACUUCGUUUGAGUAGAUCAGAAGCAUAUAUCGGUGUUCUAAUCGAUGACUUGAUCACUAAAGGCGUUGAAGAACCUUACAGAAUGUUUACGUCUCGUUCAGAAUUCAGAAUAUCGGUAAGAGCUGAUAACGCCGAUUUUAGGCUUACAGAGUUAGCACGUAGGCUAGGUGCUAUCAGUGAUUGGAGAUGGGCUAAAUUUGUUCCUGACAAAGCCAUCUAUGAUGAGGUCAAAUCCAAACUAGAGAACUUCUACCAGCCCAGUAAUAAAUGGGAUAAUAUUUUAGAUUCGAACGUCAGAAAUACCCAUGUCAAAUACAACGCAUGGGAAAUGCUACGCUAUACUAAUAAUAGCGUUGAGCUGAUAGCAAAGGGGUUUCCAGAGCUGGCGCUAGAUCUUGACGAAAUUCCACAACAUAUCGUCCUCAAGCUGGAUGUGGAAGCAAAAUAUACGCCGUUUUUAAGGAGACAAAAACAGUUCAUUAAGGCCUUUGAGGCUGACGAGAGCAUUUAUUUGCCACAGGAUAUUGACUAUAACACAGUUGCAAGUUUGAGUAAUGAAUGCAAAGGUAUUCUAAAUACUGUGAAGCCCAUCACCAUCGGACAAGCCAGAAGAAUUCAGGGAAUGACGCCUGCUUCACUCUUCGAACUCUACAAACUCGUAAGAGGCAGGCAGCCAGAGCUGCAAAAUUUUUAUAGAGAGAGCACUGACAAAGGUGCCAGUACAUAG